AUGACCCAGAGCGCGAAUGAGAACGUGAGGAAGGGCGCCAAAAGAUGGGCCACCUUUCUUCUCGACACCCAAAUCAAAAACAAGAGAAGCGUCAAGCAAGUCCUCCAACACCUUGCUGAGGCGUACCACAAGCGCGUUGCUCGGGUGUGGGAUAGCAGCGAGCACAGCAUCGCUUGGCGUAACUACUUCGUCGCGGCUCUUCAGAAGGUCUCGAGGGAGAUGCCUCACAAGGACUGUAGUACCGAAGAGUUGCUGAAGGAGAUUGCGCGCAUGAAGGCGCCUGUUGAAAUUGUUGCGCCCCCCAAGGACGACGAUGGCAACAAGACUUCGACGCGGGCAGUCAGCAAGAACUUGACAGAGGCAGCCAACAAGCCCGUCGAUGCCUCUACCACUGGCACCGAUCCCUCCGCCGCACCCACUGAUGGCGGUGAUGAUGGCAAUGAUGAUGCCAACGAUGGUGCCAGCAACCCCGUUGAUACCUCUACCCCCGAGACCUCCACCAACACCACCCGUCGCCUUCUCUCUACCACCACCACCUGCACCGAGAGUGGCAUCAUAAUCAACACCCAAGGCGAGUGCAACGCCCAGGUCAUGCCAGACGGCACCAUCCAGUUCCGGUUGGGCGGUCCAGCUACGGUUACUUACCGGCCCUCUGUGACUACCUCUACUACCUCCGGAACUGGGAUCAGUGCUGCUGUUGCCGCUGCUAUGGCUGCUGCCGCCGCUCAAGGCACUCCCUCUGUGUCUGAGGAUCAAGUCAACGAGACUACGACUACUACGACUGAAACCGUGGAAGAGUUUGUCGACACUUCCUCUGUAAGUUCUACCAGUACGGAUGCUGCUAUCGAAGCUGUUCUUGCUGCUCUCGCUGCUGCUAGGGCCGCACGUGGCACUCCCCUUUCGUCUGAGCCCCGAGUCCAUGAGACUACGACUACUACUGCAGCUACUGAACAGACUGUGGAAGAGGUUGUCGACAGUUCUUCUAGAAGUUCUAGCGACAGCACUUCAACCGUCCGUGACACUCCGUCUGGAACUGAUCCCAGAGGUGAUGACACUUACACCGUUCAUGGCACUCCUUCUACAUCCAAUGCUGAGGCCCCAAGUACCUCUGGAACUGCGACCUUUGGAAACGGUGCCGCCGAUGAACACCCCUCCGGAACUCCUGGUUCUGCCGACCGCGACACCCCUACUGGACGUGACACCGCCGGCGAUACUUCCAUGUCUACCGUCGGCGACACCCCCUCUACAUCCCAAGCCGUGGUCCAUACUUGUACCUGUGGAACCACUACCUCAACCUCUGGAAGCGCUGUCGUCAAUCACACUUCGUCUGGAACUUCUGCUUCCUCUAGAACUGCCACUCCUGGAGUUGAUGCUGCCGCCCGUCGCAGUCGCUCUCCCUUUCAGUCCCUGGACCAGGUCAUCCACUCCGAGACUCCCGAGGAGACCCCCGAUGCUGCCGCCCACGUUACUCUCUGGGGACCACAAGCUGACACCGUCCGUGGCACUGGCACCCCGUCUGCCCUCCAGAACCAGACCCAAACCCACCACGCCUCUGCCCAUACCUCGACCUUUCGAGCCGCUGUCGCCCGCGACACUCCUUCCGGAACUGCCGAAAUCCUUCGUGGCACUGGCGCCUGGGCCCAUGCGGACCUAGUGCAGGCGGCGCAACGACAGAGGAGCAGAGUUAGACUGGCAGGGGCCAUGAUCUAUGACCUCGGUGAUACUCGUGUCGAGGAGCUGCUUGCCCCUGCCCCUGUGGAGGAGAAUGUUGAAUAUGCUCAGCAUAUAGCUCAGACUCUGCUUCUUCCCCUUGCCUCGGGUGGUAAUUCAUCCGGAAGAAAUAUCGCUGCUGGCAGCACUCGCCGCUUUGCGCCUGAGGCCCAGGUCAACAAUGGUACAGGUACCCCUGGAGCUGCCAGUGCCAGUGCUGCCGCUGGUGAUACCGGAACUCCUGUUGUUCAGGCCCAGGCCCAUACCUCUGGAACCCAUGGUGUUGCUGCCGGUGAUACUGCCGUAACUCCCCUUGUGGCUCAGGCUCAGGUCGAUAGUGAUGCCUCUGGAACUUCUGGUGCUCCCCCCACUCGCAUCGACACUCCCUCCGUGGCUGCGGAUGAGGGACACAAUUGGGAUCCCUUCUCGGCCCUGGUUGAGGCUGCUGCUGCUGCCACGCGUCUUGAGACUGGUGGCGGUCCUGGAGCUGCUGGUGAUGCUCCAGCUGAUAAACGUGAUGGACACAAUGGAGCCUAG